UUUAACCAUUUUUCGGGGGGCAUCUGUUCAAAGAAAGAACAACUAAUUUAUGUUGGCUCCCCUUAUUUCAUCCCUCGUCAGUCGUUCUAGUUCAAUCCCGCUCAGACCCCAUUUUCAAAAAUAAAUAAAAAAAAUAUAAGUAAUAAUGAUUUACUUCACAUAAUACUCACGCGAAGAAGCACUCAUCUGCCCUUUUCAGGUUCCUGAAACUUCCGCUUGCUCCUUGUGGGAAAAUGGCGAACGAACCACUGACGUCCGGUCCGGUGGAUCCUCUCCACGGCCUCGUCGGACUCUCUCUAUUCCCCAAAACAAUUAGGGUUUGCAAAGAUGUAUCAGUAGACCCUAAAGACCUCGUGUCAGUUCAUAAUUUCAUGAAAUCCUUGGAAACGAAGAGUCCUGUGAAGCUCUUUGAGGAGGCCAGGACCAUUGUGAAUAAUGGUGCGGAACUUUUGAACACAAAGUUUAUGGGCAUUGAUGGGGACCUUGCCAUGAAUGGCAAGAAGAAGCUCAAAGAGAGAAGACCAGGCCUUGGUCGCAGAAAGCCUCGGUUUGCUUUCAAGCCUAGUACAAGUCAACCUCCUGUCAUCUUGGGUUCUACAUUAGAGUCUUUAGAAUUAGACAUGGAUCAACUGGAAGAUCCGGUGGAAUUUUUUGCAGCUGCUGAAAGGUUGGAAGAAGCUGAAAAGGAAAUGAAGAGACUGAAAGGCAUCAGUAUCAAUGAAGAUGUGAAUAUUCCACUCGCCAAUGCACGCCGCCGUCGACCAGGCAUCUUGAACAAAUCGGUGAGGUAUAAGCACCGCUUCUCGUCCAUCCAGUCUGAGAGUGAUAAUGCAUUUAUAUCAUCUCAAGAGACAUUGAGGAGUGAUACUCGGGCUGGCCAGAAUUCUCAGUUGCCAGAAGAGCCCCAUGGCCUCAAUCUUGAACUACAAGAAGCAGAUUCUCCAGGGUCAGUUGAGAAAACAGAAAACCGAAACAAUAGUUUUUUGGAUGAAUUACUGUCUAUUAGUUGUGAAGAUCUAAAUGGGGAGAUGGUAUUAUUAUCCAAAUUACAAGAGCGGUUGCAGAUCAAGCCCUUUGAACUACGCCCCUUGUGUAUUCCUGAGUUCCCUAUGACUGGGAAAGCAGAUGGUAAGGCUUUUGGACAGAGGAUUCGGAAGCCUUGGAAGUUUUCGCUGGAGAUACAGGAUCUUGUUAAAAGCCCAACUGAGGGAACAUCUUCCACUCACAGACAACAUGAAGAAAGUCCUGCCAAUAAUUUAGCAUCACCCACUCCAUCAAAAAGUCCUCAUGCUUCAUUGUCUUUGUUAAAACAGAAAAUUUUAAAGUCAAAUCCACUGAGAGAUCCUUUUUCGCCUCUCAACAUUGAUCUGUAUAACAAUGAUUCGCAAUCAGACCAUCCACCAGAUUGGUCUAUGAAGAUGAACCCACAAUGUAUAAGUAAUAAUGCUGGACCUACUGAAUCCCAUGGUGAGACAGAAAACGUUGCUGGUUUUGACAAUACGAAUAUUAUGGUUCCUUUAAGUGGUUCAGACUCUUCACACGAGCAAUUGAUGAAAAACGAUUCAGGCGAAGAUAAUAUAAAAACUGGGCCAAAUGGAUCUCAAUCUGGAAAGGAGCUAGAAAAUGGUUAUGAUGAUAUUGAUAUCAAUACUGACAUCAACUUAAAUAUGAGAAAUAUGGAUUCCCACUAUGAGUCUGAUGUGCUUGAUAAAGUGAAUGAUGUUUCAGUUGUAAACGAUGUUAUGAAGGAUCAACAAGGUCUUCAGACUGAAUCUUCCAUUAGCUGUCAAAAGAUGCAGGAUGGAGAAGUGCUUGCAGAAACACUAUCUUCUCCUCAAGCACAACGAAAAGCUGACGAUAUACACAAUUAUUCCGUUGAAACAGUUGCUGCGGAUUCUGGAUCAUCUGAAAUCGAUUGGCAGGUUGACCAUAUGCCACCACAAAGAGAACAUUCUGCAGAACAAGAUCACCACUUUGAGGAUUCUGUCAAAGAUGUAACUAGUGUUGUAAACGAUGUUAUGAAGGAUCAACAAGGUCUUCAGACUGAAUCUUCCAUUAGCUGUCAAAAGAUGCAGGAUGGAGAAGUGCUUGCAGAAACACUAUCUUCUCCUCAAGCACAACGAAAAGCUGACGAUACACACAAUUAUUCCGUUGAAACAGUUGCUGUGGAUUCUGGAUCAUCUGAAAUCGAUCGGCAGGUUGACCAUAUGCCACCACAAAGAGAACAUUCUGCAGAACAAGAUCACCACUUUGAGGAUUCUGUCAAAGAUGUAACUAGUGAUCAAUUGAGAUCAGUUGCAGUUGAAGUCCAUUCUACAGAGGUCGGAUCUAUAUUGUCAGAGAUGAGCCCUCAGCAUUAUGCCCAGGCAAAAGAUAAACAACAGAAAGCAAAACGACCUGCUCGCGGAAGGCGUGAAACUAAAGCUCUUCGUUCUAGGCCAAGUAUAGCAGAUGCUGGCACGUCAUUUCAAGAUGGGGUUAGACGAAGCAAACGAAUGAAGACAAGGCCUUUGGAAUACUGGAAAGGCGAAAGGUUAUUAUAUGGAUGGGUUAAUGACAGUCUGAAGCUAGUUGGGGUGAAAUACGUAUCUCCAAUAAAGGGAUCGGUAAAGGUGGAGUCUUACAUCUCUGAUGAUUACAAAGAUCUGGUUGAAUUAGCAGCUCGCUAUUAAUUUUCUAAAAACACGGGUGGAUGGAUUACUUUGUGGAUCUUGUCCUAUUUUUCAUUUACUUAUACACAUGUAGCCAUUGUAUAUAAUGUUCCUAGGGUCGAUCUUAAAACAGCUGAAGCUUGUUGAAGUAUUAUCUCUUAUUUGUUGAGCGCUACUCUAUUUUCUGAUGAGCUGUUGGUGCAAAUUGCUGCCAUCUUUCAGUAUCCUACAGUAGAUGACUCCAUAUUUCUUUGACACCUACCAUGUCUUGUUAAUGUUAAUUGAAGAAAGCC